CCGCCGGCUGGUACAUCUCCUCGUAUGAACAGUGCCUCACCAGGACGGACAUAUUCUGCAGGCUUCAAACCUAGCGAUAGACAGCUUCCAUCACGAGAUGUAUCUGCAAGCACGAUCACCCAGGCAUUUGUAGACUACAUCCUUUACUGUAAUCCCAACUUCCCCUUGGAUGUCGAUACAACGACACUUAGGGCUAAUUUCGAAAGCCCGCCGAAAAGCGAUAGCAAGGACUUCGAAGUAUUGAAGCUCUUCGAGCUCAUCAAAAAAUUCGAUGCCAAAGAGAUCAAGACAUGGGGUCAGCUUGCACUUGAUCUUGGCGUUGAAGCGCCCGAUCUCUCCAAAGGCCAAUCUGUACAGAAAGUCCAACAGUAUAGUGUUCGUCUGAAGCGAUGGAUGCGUGCAAUGCACAUCGAUUCUUUCUUCGAGUAUCUCCUGGGCAAACAGCAUUCCUACUUCACGGAAAUACCUCCACCCAGUGACCCUUAUCCUGCUUCUGGUCGAGACGGUGUCAUGGCGGAGGAAGAUCUUGCUAUUAGAGCUCUUGAUCCGUCUUUCAGACCAAAACGAGGGCGACGUCGCAACUCCGAGACAGAGCAAGAAGAGAAUGCUGAUGCCGAGUCUGCCAGCAAACAACCAAAACUGACCGAGAGCGUCGCGUCUUACUCUGCUGCGCCGAUGUCUGCAUUGCCCAUGAGUGCUCAUCCAGAUAAUUAUCACGAUCCUUGGGCUGUAGCUUCCGCUGUAACACCACAGAGCUUUGCUCCAUGGUCGGCACGAGCCUCGUCUUCGGCGGUGCCAGCCUCAGCAAACUCCCAUUUGAGAUGGCAACUUGGUCAAUCGCACACGCCAGGCACACCCCACCCUAUGACUGCUCUGUCAACAUCGAUGUCUGCCCACAUCGAUGCAGCAUUCGAUGGAGAGCCAAAGUCUGCCGUCACGCCUUCAUCUCGGAAAAGACGACGGCAUGGACCUGCGGUGUCGAGUGCCUGGCCUUCCACCAGUGCACCGGGCGCUAAACCGCGCGGCAGACCUCCUGCUAGCCGAAACACACAAGAUGGUCCCUUCAACACUUUUCCCGUUGAUCCUGGGAAUGACAAGAAAGCUUUCAGUGGGCUGCUGCAAGAAAGACAGCCUAGCGUCGAGCACUCAUCGCCUCAAAUGCCGCAGGCUGGGUUUCAGUCUUCAGGAGGAGAAGGCCGACCUGGAAGAUUAUCGCUUCAGGUCCCACAGCACACAGGAGGUCUAGUGAGACUUGCAACUCCUCCGGCUUUG